AUGGAUCAAUAAAAACUUCAAAAAUUCCAAAAUUGCAACAAGCACUCAAAAAAGAAAUUAAAAUUUAUACAGGUAAAUCAAGUCAGAGAUUAGCCUACUUCUAAUCUUUUUUAUUGUACUGAUUGUAUAAAUGAAGACCUCAAUUUUAAGGGAAUAAACUAUCUUCUAAUUGAAUAGAUUAUUUUAUAAGGUGAAAACUGCAUUCUAUAAAAAUGGCCACCUGUAAAUGAUUAAUAAAUAGUUGAAAAAUUGAUUAUGGAGACAUCAAAAUUCGACUAAUCUUAGUAUGUAUUUCAAAGAAUUACAAAUUACUUUGCUGAACUUCGAGAUGAAGUAAACAGAAAAAUAGAAUAUUGCUAAAAAUAAAUGAUCAAAAAUGCUCUCGAUUUACCUUUGGGAAAAGACCAAAUCAUAAAGCAAUAUUAAUAGAUAUCAUAAAUUUAGUAACUUAGAUCUUUGAUUAUUGAAAACAAAAAUAAUAAACUUGACUCUUAAGUAGAAUAAAAAUUUAAAAAUUUCAUUUCAGAAUUAGAACUAAAAAAAGAUUAAAAUACAGAAUAACUUCAAAAAUUACUAGAGAAAAGUACUUAAUAGUAAUAAUUAGUUAAUUUCGAAUAUCCUAAUAUGAUCAAAUAAUAAAUCUUAUCUUUUAUUGAUAAAAUCAACUUCUUUGAUAAUGAUUUAAUUGAUAACAGAAAUAGCAAUAACAGGGAUUAACCUUAAAAAGUUUAUAACAUUUGUGAUAAAUUAAUGCCCUUAAUUUCUAAUAAAUCUAAUUAUUGUGCUGAUGAUUUUUUAAAUUUUGUUAGGAAUUAACUGGAAAAAUUAGAUUUUUUGUUUGAAAAGUUCUAUAAUUUUUAAUUGUUAAAUUCAAUGAAUGAAGAAACAAUAAAAAAUCUUCUUUUGAUAUUGAUAGAAAAAUAAUUAAUUGCAAAUAAUUAAAAAUAAAGCGAAACUUUUAAAAUUAAAGAAAAUGAGUUAUUUAUAAAAUAUGAUAGUUAAGAACUUGAAAAAAUUCUAAAAGAAUUUCCUAUUUUUGAUAUAAUUCCUAAAGGUAAAAUAGAUAUUUUAAAUAAUUUGUAGUUAAUUAAAAGUGAAUUAAAUGAUGGAGAUAAGAGAAUUUAUAUUAGACAUCUAAUUGAUUAAAAAUCAAUAGAAAUUGGUACAAAUGAAGAAAAUUACUAUGGCAAAAAAAAAGGAUAAAUUCUUCACUCAAUUACAAAUAUUUAAAAGGAAAAGAUAUGGUAUUGGAAUAAGGAAGCAUAGUUGAAUGUAGAAUAUGGUUAGGAGGAUAAAUAUUUUAAAUUCUUGAUUAUCCAAAAUAUAACUGUCAAGAAAUUAAAAUUUAUUCAAGUAAAUCAAGUCAACAGCAGCGCUGAAUAAAAUUUGUUCUAUUGUACAGAUUGUAUCAAUGAAGAUUUAAACUUUUAAGCAAAAAAUUACAUCCUAAUUGAACAAAUUAUCUAAUAGGGUGAAAAUAGUAUCAUCUAAAAGUGGCCACCUGUUAAUGACUACUCAGUAAUUGAAAAACUAAUUAAGGAAACUUCUAAAUUUGAUUAGUCAUAGCAUAUUAUCUAAAGAGUUACUAAUUAUUUCACAGAACUUAAGGACGAAAUUAUCAGAAGAAUUGAUUUUUGUUAAAAAAAAAUGAUUAAUCAAAUUCAAGAUUUGCCAUUUGGAAAAAGCUAAAUAAUCAACCAAUAUCAAUAGAUAUCACAAAUUUUAUAGCUUAGAUCAUUGAUAAAUGAGUCCAAGGAUGAUAAAACAUUUUAAUAAUCACCAAAAUAAGAGAAAUUUAAAAACUUUAUUACAGAAAUAGAAUUAAAAAAAGAUUAAAAUACUAAACAAUUACAAUAAUUGCUUGAUUAGAGUGUUAAAUAAUAAUAUUUAAUUAAUUUUGAGUUGCCUAAUAUAAUUAAAGAAUAAAUCUUCUCUUUUGUAGAUAAAAUUAAUUUUUUCAAUCAUGGUAUUUUAAAUAGUUCAAAUAAUAAUCACGUUGAUAAUCAGAGUGAAUCAACUAAUUUUUGCACAAAAAUAAUACAGUUGAUUUCUAAUAAAUCUAAUUUUUGCUCAAACGAAUUUUUAAAUUAAGUUAAGCAAAAAUUAGAAAAGCUAAGUGCUUUGAUAGAAGAUAUUCCUACGUAAAACAUGUUCAUUUAAGGGAAAAAACCAAUAGAAUUCGAAAAGUUAACAGAUGAAAAAAUGAAUUAAAUUAAUGAAUUUGUUUAACAUUAAAUUUAGUUACAAAGCAACAGCAACUAUCAAAGAGAGAUCUAAUAAUCUAAAGUUAUCAAAGAUAUUCAAAAAAUUAUGGAGAACAAACUCAAUUUCAUUAACUAAGCUUCAUAAAAAACUAUAAUCAAUCAUUUGACAGAAACUUAUCCUUAUUUAAAGAAAGACGAAAAUACUUACAUAAUUUAAGAAUUAGAAAAAUUUGAGUUAUUUAAUUAAAUAGAUGAAGAGAUGAUUGAUGAUCUCUUCUCUUUAAUGAAAAAAAAGUAAGAGAUCAGAAAUUGUAUGUACACUAGUCAAACAUAAAUAAUUUAAAAUAUUUAAAAGUUUGAAUUCUUUAAAAAAGAAAAUCUUGAUAGAAUUUUUAGAUAAUUCCCUAUAUUUGAUUUAAUUCCUCUAUAAAAAAUAAGUAUCUUAAAUGUUUUAUAAUUCUUAAAAGGUACUUUUAAUGAUGGUGAUUAAAGGAUUUAAAUUUCAAAAAGUAAUUUAAAUUAGUAUGAAAUAUCUGUAAAUGAUGAAUUAUAUACAGGAGAAAAACGAAAAACUUUUGCUAACUGCAUGUCAAGUAUGAUUUUAGAAAAAGACACAAAAUAUAUCUUUAGGGUAUAAUUUAAAUUGAUAGAUAUUUCAUCAACGUAUUUUCAAAUAGGAAUUAUGGAUUAAAAAAAUUUAAAUAGUUAAGAAGGAUACAAAGAUUAAAAAUAUGUUGAGUUUAAAUAUAAAAAUAAAUAAUUAAAACUUGAUUGUAUUAGAUUUAAUAACUAUUUAAAGGGAAAAGAUUUGUAACUAGCUGAAAGUACAAUAAUAGAAUUAAGAGUUUGGUUAAAAGGAAAAAUACUAUAAAUAACAGACUACCCAUAAAAUAAUUACAUAGUUUCAAUUAAAAAUGAAUAAUUAGAAAAACUUCAAAAUUUAGAAAAACCAUCUUUUUUUGUACAAUUAUUUGAGUAAUAAAAAUCAUAUAUUAUAACAGAGGCUUUAAUAGUUUAGAAUUUUGAUAUUUGA